GGGCAUUGUCGCCGUACAAUCUUUGCAUGAGGUCUCGUACGACGUCAAUGAUGCGGCAACUGGCACCGUGAUGCUAGUGGCCUUGGCGACUCACGCCAGGGACGCCAUUGCUGGCGGCAGCAGCGGCAGCGCUGGCUGCGCCGUCGCCACAGCGGAGCAGCAUCAGGUUUGGGUGACGUGGAGGCUUAGGAUACAAAGGGAAGACGCAGCCGCUGGUCUAUGCAGGUUCGCGUUGGUUUCGAGUGACGUCAAUGAGGUAGCGACGUUGUUCGACGGCGCAGUGACCCGCGGGUCUGUUGCGCUCAACCGACGGCUGUCUUCUUGUACGGCGCUCGUCUCGUGCUGCUGCUCUUCCCUGGGGUCGCCGAUGGACGCUGACAUCGUUCAAAGUACCAGCCACAGCAGCAGCAGCACUAACGCUGCCAACGGUGUCAGCAUGAAAAACAUCUCGUCCUGCAGCAGCAACGGCGGUCGUCGCGCUGUGCCGUGCUUCAUGUCAGGCAGCUCCGACGGCCACGUGCAAUUCUGGCGUCCCGCAUUGACAGGCGCACCUGCAGCAGACGACGGCACUGCUGAAGCGGCUGGCCUGGAAUUGGUUCAGAGCCUUCCAUGCAGUGCGGAUACCCCGGGCGGCAGCGGUGAGAGUUCCAACACAGCCGGUGGAGGCGCGGGCGUGUCAGCAGACGCAAACCCCAGUGACGUGGCUACAGCAGGCAUGGUUGUAGCCGUGGCGCUCGAUGAGAUGUCUGGCUACGCCGCCGCUGCUACCACAUGCGGUGACGGAGAGGACGAAGAAGCCGUCUACAUCUGGCGCUUACGUGACUAUGACAAUGCUGCCGAUGAUGGCGAUGAUGGCAUGGGGGAGGCCAAGGACGGCAGCACCGGCCAAGCUCUUGUCGUACGAGCGGGCCGCGAUGCGUACGGCAAGUACGAGCUGGAAACAGUCGUACCGGUUAGCGACACGGUCAGUGCGUUGUCGUGGUUGGCAGCAGCAGGCAUGAGCGCUAGCCUUGCGGUGGGUUACGCAUGCGGUCGGGUGGGUCUGCUGGUUCGAGACCGGCGGGGAGGCUGGGAGGAGGUGGCGACGUAUGCGGGGGCGGCGGCGGUGUCGGCCUUCGGCUCCGCGAGGGGAGGCGUUGUGGCCUUUGCUGCAGGCAACCAUCUGCUGUGUCUGUCCAACUCUCUGGACGGGCACGACGAGGACAACAACCGCUCCGAGCCCACCCUGGCCGCACUCGCAGCCGACCAAGCGGGCCCUCUGGCGCCCUACCAUCCCGGCUCUCUGCAUGCGUUGGUCGCAAAGGGCCGGAUAGCCACCGCCUGCCGGGUUCUGCGGCGCCUGCUGAGCUGGCUGCGGGAAGGUAGCCGUCAGUUGGUUGCGGAUGCGGACAGCGUGUCUGGCUCCGGGGAAGGCAGCAAGGUGGUGUCCGGUGGGGCGCGGGAAGGCGACGGCGACGGUGGCAGUGGUAAGAGCAGGAGCAGCUCUGCAGACGGUGGCAGCAGCGGCGGGGGCAGCGUGGCGGCAUGCCGGUCUCGGCAAGCGCUUGUGGUGGAGGUUUCCGAGCUGCUGUCAGGAGGUUUGCUGACGUCAAGAGGCCUGGCGGCGUUUCAGCAAGCGCUGACGACGCCCACGCUGCCGGCGCCGCCGACGGCCGCCCCCGCACCCUCAUCAGCGGCAGCCAUUUUGGCGCCUUUCCAGCGCGCUACCGGCAACCAUCACAAUGGUGGAGUUGCCGGGGCCACCCACUCUCACACUCCGGAGGCUGUGUCGUACGGCAGCAGCCGCGCUGGGCGUUAUGGCGGUGACGAUGCAUCGGCACCGAUGCGGCCCCUGGCGCUUGGAGGCAUGAGCUCCUUAUCAUCGAGUGCAGUGCAUGAUAGGCU